CGAGCGGAUGCCUCCGCAUGCGCACGAAUUCUUACAAGAACGCAGCGAGAGGUAAACAUUGCAUCAUCGACUCUGCUGAGGCCGGUAUCGUGAUGAUCAUUCUGCUGCAAUUUUGAGGAUAUUGAAGAGCAUUAACAAAAGUUGAUAGUAUCAGGAAAGUGGAUUUUUGUUUAAAAACUUCAAGAUGGUUGAGUUUUCAACUGUUGCCAUAGGCGUACUUCUGUCCCUUGAACUCGGAUACUUUGUGAAGGCUGUUGUCUAUGCUUUUGGCUCAAGGUUUCUGCUGCCAAAGCUUCAUCCUCUUCAAGCCUCAAGGUUGUAUGGUAUAUGCACAACCAGAGACAUAGACUUCCUGCUGAACCACAUCAACAAUUCACGAUACCUCAGGGCCAUGGACUUUGGUCGUGUGGACCACUUCACCAGGUCCAGACUUUUAAGUGGCAUAGGAGGAAAGAAGGUGCAGGUUCUUGUUGCAGCCAGUACCAUCAGAUACCGCAAGCCAGUUUAUCUCUUUAUGCCAUACAGGCUGGAAUCUCAGAUUGUUUACUGGGAUGAGCGAAAUUUAUACUACCGCCAGAACUUUGAAACAAUUCAUGACAACUUCCUACGAGCAACUGCCUAUGUGAAGCUGACAGUGUUGGGGUCAAGUCCAGAUGAGCUCUUGUCUACCUGCCUCUCAGAAUCUCCAGAACGACCAACCAUUCCAAAUGAUCUUGAAUCUUGGAUGCUAUAUGUUAAGCAGAACAGUGAGAAUCUCAAGAAGAAAGUGUAGGAAGUUUGCAAUAUAUUCUGCUGUCCUUUAUGUUACUCAGUCAGUUGUUCAAUUUAUUGCUGUCAUAGCCUCAAUCAAAUGGUACUCUGCAAGAUUCCUCCUUUGCAAACCAAUCUGAAAUUUAGUAAUGUCCACUUGCUGAGAAGAUGCACUUUCCUUAGGCUAAGUGAUCUGUAGCCACUUAAAGGCUGAGUGAUCCCUCAUAGUCUUGCAUACUAGGUUUGUAGAUCACAUAUUUUAUCAUUUUUCCUUAAUCCAAGGCAUACACUGGUUGAUUAUUACCAAAAAUGUUUUUCUGAUGUUUCAAGCACAUUAUUGUAAUACAUAUAGAUGUGGGUCACGUGAUACCUUUUUUAAAAGGCAAAUACAUAUGAAACCAGUGAUAUUUUUCCUUGUGGUGUUUCUUCAUAGUGCAAGAGUGUAUGAAUAUUUAAUGACAUUCCUCUGUUACUGUCAGUCAGGUCUUCAGGUACUUCUACAGGUACUACUUCUCUUAUUUUUAUGCAUGGUCUAGUCAGUCUGUUUUAAGAACAAACUUUCUUUGUCACUGAUUUGUGUAUGAUAUAUAGAGAAUACUCACUAUUAAAUGAAUAUAUAUGGUGUGUGCUUAUUAAUUUGUUCAUUGUCAUUAUAAAAGACAAGUUGUCAUCUGCCCUGCAUUUCUAAGAGUUAGAGGUAUUACAUAGUAAACCUUUAGCUUAGACCCUGACAAGCCUUAUGUUUAGAAUUAAGCAUAUACUGAAGUUUGGAAGAGGUCCUUACAGUGCUAGUUUUCAUUAGUAACCUGUCAAAAGGCACAAUUUACUCUAGGAAUUUUACAUCUUCAUAUGGAUGCAUUCAAUUUCCUAAUCACAUUGGAGGUAAUAUGCUUGUGAUAUAAUCCCAGGCAUUGCAUAGACAUUUCCAUUGCAUACAUAGUCAUUAGAUUAUAUGUAAUAUAUUAUCUGCCAAAUAAUUAAUUUUCCUCCCAAAACCUAAUUAGCUUCUGGUGUUUUUCCAGUGUGGUAUACCUUGCUUUUUUAAAAGGAAAUAGGGCAUGAAUUUUAGUGUAAAUGAUAUGUGCUGAAUUGUACAUGCUGAUGUUAUAUAGUAAUUUCUAGGCAAUAGAAAUUGUAAUAUGUUAAUUUGCAAAUUAUCAUUGUGUAUGUUGUCAUAAAAGAGCACUUUUUAAAGAUUUUUAAAGCCUUUGCACAGAAUGAAAUGUUUUAAAGUAGGAAUAAUGUAUAUUCUCAUUUGGUUGAUUUGGCAUCACCCACGUACCCCACAAAAGUCCAAAAGAGUGGGGGGUUAUUUCAAUGAAAAAUACUUCCAAAGGUGACAUGUCACAUCUCAGUUUUAGGGGUAAGUCAGUCAGUUAUCACAAAAUAAAUAAUAAGACAAAACAGUGCUUUGAACUAAUUUUUUGCGAGGCAUAAGCAAUAAUUUUUCUGUGAUUAAAUAAAAUAUAUUGGGAAUUAUUAUUGGAUGCAUAUAUUGCAUGGAAAAAUGAAAAAUAGAAAUUGUCAAGAGCAUUUAAGGAGUAAAUGAAGAUGAUAUCAGUUUUAUAAUGAUAGUGAAAUUGUUACCUAAUUACUAUUUUGUGGAAUAGGUUACUAUUUGAUCUUUUGAUUGAUGUGAUCAGAACUACAAGAAUCAACCCACUGUUGCUGAGAAAUGUUGGGUUCACUAGUUUGUGAAGUGUCUUUGUACUUAGUACUUUUGGAGCCAUCUAUGUGUAAAAACCACUAAUAAAUUAAAUUCACAAGGGGCAUGGCAUAUGUGUACAUGCCAUCCCUUGUGGUAUCGGGUUAAGUAAUUAUUAUUAGUUACUCAUGCUCAUGGUAUGAAUCGGGUGUUGGAAGUCCAUUGCAGAAUGAUUACAUAUUUUAUAGGAGAUUAUGUUUGAUUUGUGGUGUUUAAAGAAACUGUUGUUUAGGAUAUGUGGUUGUUGGUAAGUGUAAUUAAAAAAAAAAUUAUAUAAAUUUAAUAGGUACACUAUUUUAGAUUAUUGUUUAUAACAUAGGUUAAGUUACAAAUUAGACCCUGAAAAUUUCAGUUAUAUUUUCUUUGGUGAACUCAUGAUGAAAUUUUAUCAGUGGGUGUAAGUUGUUUUUAACACACAUUUCACAUGAAACAGGGUCAGGUAUUACUAAGGUAAUUCUAGACGUGAAUGCCCUCCAAACAAGAAAUUUGAUGAAAUAAGAUUAUACCAAUAAUGUGUACAUUGUGCUCGUAGUAUAGAGAGGUCACAUAGAGUAUAUUUUUUUCAAUAUGGAUUUGUUUUGUAUUUUCAUUGUUAUUUUGUUCUUUAUAGAGAUACUACUGUGGUUGGACAUUUGUAAACUAAAAGGAAAUCACAUGAUUGACAUAGUAAUCUUAUUUCUACAGUUACACCAUAAGAACUAAAAAUAGAUUUUUUAGAACAUAUUUCACUAAUAUUAGGAUACAUAGGGUUACAUAAAUGGUAAAUUUUGGUAUUUACUAAUUUGUUAUACAUACCUCAGAUUCGAAUGCUUGAUGGAUAAUACAUAAUGAAUAAUCUUACUCUUUGUUUGGCAGUUUGAAAGCCUUUCAAUAUUAUACGUUCAUGAAUAAAACAUAAAUGCAUUGUGGUUAAUGUUAAAUCUUUGAGCCUAUUAAUAUGUAAGAACUCACUGUAGUUGACUAAUGUCUUUUUCAUGUUUAAAAGAAAAGAUUGUAUUCAGGUUAUGACACUGUGAUUUAAAGUGUAAUAUACCAAAGAUUUUAGGUAUAUAUUUAUUUUUCUUGUAAAUGUUUGAGUUUAUUUCCUCAGUUCCAUGAAGCUUUUUUAUUUGAAUAUGACACUCUUGGAUAUAAUUGUAGCAUUUGACUAUAUUUCAUUUGUUUUUCGAUUAUUCAUAUUUGUGCUUAAUGUUAGCUAGUUGGUUAGGAAUUAUCUGCAAUAUUUGUUUAGAAAAUGUUUAGAUGAAUAAGAAUAAUGAUCACUA